CGGAAGUCCCGUUCCCUCCGCCAGCAAGGUGGCGGCUCUCGGGAUCGUACUUCCGGCAGGAGCUCCCGGGACCGAGCAGCAGGCCUGGAGACCCGUGUGUCCCGCAUCCCAUUGGCCAUGGAAGGCAUUGGUUUGGGCCACCAGCCUCUCAGGUGAGGCCUGUCCUGGACUCUGUUGACCCGAGGAGUCAUGGCGGCAAGGGCAGACUCUCUGGCCAGGAGACAACGGCCUUGUUGAGCGUCAGGGUCCAGCUUGGUGCACCUCCGUGUGCCACCUUCAAGAGAGGCACCUGUCCCCGCCGGGCCUCCACGGAUGGGGAGGUGGGCCGUGGACGUGGCCUUUGUGUGGAAGGCGCUGCUGACACUGGGCCUGGUCCUUCUGUACUACGGCUUCUCCAUCGGUAUCACCUUCUACAACAAAUGGCUGACCAAGAGCUUCCACUUCCCCCUGUUCAUGACGAUGCUGCACCUGGCUGUGAUCUUCCUCUUCUCCGCCCUGUCCAGGGCACUCGUUCAGUGCUCCAGCCACAGGGCGCGCGUGGUGCUAAGCUGGGCUGACUACCUCAGACGAGUGGCCCCCACGGCGCUCGCGACGGCCCUUGACGUGGGCUUGUCCAACUGGAGCUUCCUCUACAUCACCGUUUCACUGUACACGAUGACCAAAUCCUCCGCUGUCCUCUUCAUCUUGAUCUUCUCUCUGAUCUUCAAGCUGGAGGAGCUGCGCGCAGCUCUGGUCCUGGUGGUCCUGCUCAUCGCUGGUGGCCUCUUCAUGUUCACCUACAAAUCCACGCAGUUCAAUGUGGAGGGCUUUGCCCUGGUGCUGGGGGCUUCGUUCAUCGGUGGCAUCCGCUGGACCCUCACACAGAUGCUGCUGCAGAAGGCUGAGCUUGGCCUCCAGAACCCCAUUGACACCAUGUUCCACCUGCAGCCGCUCAUGUUUCUGGGCCUCUUCCCUCUCUUUGCCGUGUUUGAAGGUCUCCAUUUGUCCACGUCUGAGAAACUCUUCCGUUUCCAGGACACGGGGCUGCUGCUGCGGGUGCUCGGCAGCCUCUUGCUGGGCGGGAUUCUCGCCUUUGGUCUGGGCUUCUCUGAGUUCCUGCUGGUCUCCAGGACCUCCAGCCUCACCCUCUCCAUUGCCGGCAUCUUCAAGGAAGUCUGCACUCUGCUGCUGGCUGCUCAUCUGCUGGGUGAUCAGAUUAGCCUGGUGAACUGGCUGGGCUUUGCCCUCUGCCUCCUCGGAAUAUCCCUGCACGUGGCCCUCAAAGCCCUGCACUCCCGAGGUGACAGUGGCCCCAAGACCCCGAAAAGCCUGGGCUCCAGCCCCGACCUGGAGCUGCUGCUUCGGAGCAGCCCACAGGAGGAAGAGGAUGGCCGGGAGGAGGAGUACUUCGUGGCACAAGGACAGCAGUGACCACCGGGUUGGCCAGCACAGGAACA